AUGAUGUCAAUCACCGCGAUUGUCUUGUUCCUGACCACAAACGCCCUUGCAGCACCCUUGCCACCCAGUCCCGCUGUCCAUGCCCGCGAUAAUACCUCAUGUGCGCCUGGUGGGAACUUCGACCUUGGAUCAUUCAACCUGCAAUUGCCCACUGGCAGCUCCGGCCAAGUCGAUCAAAUCUCCUCUUCCAAGCUCUCUGGAUGCGACGGCUGGUCCUCGCCCAAAUACUUUUAUACUUCCUCAUCUGGCGCACUCGUCAUGAAAGUGCCGUCGCGCUCUGUUUGCGUGACCACACUGAACAGCAAGCACUGCCGUACGGAGUUGCGCGAGUCCUUACCAACUUCUUGGGAUCCAAAGAAGAGAAUAAACUCCUUGAAAGCAAAAUUGUCAGUACCUAAGCCGGAUGACUCGAAGUACGGAACCGUGAUUGGGCAAGUGAAAGUCGAUGACGACGUAUCGAAGAAGCCCGUGGCGGAGCUGUUUUACAAUCGGGCAGGCAUGCUGACAAUCGGUGUCUCUCAGAUUCCAGAUGUAAGUAGUUUGAAGAUGACCGAGGUUGGACAUAUUGAGGUGGGCGAGACGUUCGAAUACGAGUUGAAGUAUGAAGGGGGGAAAUUUAGCGUACAGAUUGAUGGUGGAGAGAAGAAGAUCAUGAGCACUGGAAAGCUGAACAGUCCCAAGAGUUACUUCAAAGUUGGCAACUACAAUCAGGGCAGCGAGCCGAGCGAGGUGGUUUUCUAUGACAUUCAGGUCAAGCACGGAUGA